AAGCUCGGGAAAGAUAGACUUGGACGCUGGUCUUUGCUUUCUGAGAUCGGAGAAAACUGGACCUUCUCUCUGUGAUCUUGUUCUCUCUCGCUUUGUGUCAGAGAUGGGAAGACCACCGUGCUGCGACAAAGAUGGCGUGAAGAAAGGACCUUGGACACCAGAGGAGGACAUAGUAUUGGUGUCCUACAUCCAAGAACAUGGUCCAGGGAACUGGAGAGCUGUUCCUACCAACACUGGCUUAAUGAGAUGCAGCAAGAGCUGCAGGCUCAGGUGGACAAACUACCUUCGGCCGGGAAUCAAGCGUGGCAACUUCACUGAUCAGGAGGAGAAGCUUAUAAUCCACCUCCAAGCUCUUCUAGGCAACAGAUGGGCAGCUAUCGCUUCUUAUCUACCAGCGAGGACGGACAACGACAUCAAGAAUUACUGGAACACGCAUCUGAAGAAGAAGCUCGAAGGCGGCGCCGAUUGCCAGAAGAGCAGCGGCAGGCAACAAAGCUACCGCUCCAUCUCCAAAGGCCAGUGGGAACGGUGUCUCCAGACCGACAUCCACGUGGCGAAGCGAGCUCUGUGCGAGGCUUUGUCCAUAGAGGAGUGUGAUGGACGCAGCUCCAUCACCAGGCCUUCGGUCUACGCGUCGAGCACCGAGAACAUAUCUCGGCUUCUCGAAGGAUGGGGCAUCGCUCCGGCGAGUUCAGCGUCCAGCCAGGGAAGCGCGAGCACUUCCCGCUGCAUCACGUCGUCGCUGGAGCCGCUCGAGUCGCUGUUCGGACUCGGAGAUUCAGCGCGGGAGUCGUCGUCCGAGCCACCCUUCUCGUUGCUGGAGUCAUGGCUGCUUGACGUCGAGAGCGUCGGAAACGGGCAAGAGAGCUUUCUCGACGUAGCAAUCGAUGGCACAGGCGAAAUGUUCUGAGAGGGCGAGCUUUUACUACCUCGAUCUUCUUCGAUAGACCUUCUGCUGAUGACACUAAUUCUUCUGAUGUUUUGAUCGGAGACAGAGUUUGUUUGGUAGCCAAAGGUGUAAAUUUGCUUUGCUCUGUGCAGCAAAUCUCCAAUGUUUGUCUCUCCUAAGUUUCAGGAAAUAAACACUAUUGAUUGUCCUAAUUUUCUUUUGA